AUGGCUGGCCAUGCAAAGUCCAAGGCUCAGAGACAACAAGAGGCAAUCCAAGAUCAGGAAGAAGUAUUGGAAUAUGACAUAAAUCUCUACAGGGCAGAUCAGGAGAAGCCAAAGGAGGAGCAGAGAGAUUUGCACACCAUUUGCAGGCAGGCAGAAGACAAACUGAAGAAGAAGGGUAGGGAUGUCACCAUAGUCCAUACAACUCUCAUGAGGCAGCUCAAAGGUGGAAGAAGUUGUCAGCAAGCAAACAAGGAGAACUUUGGAUGGCUCACCACAGAAGAAGAUUGUGUUGUGACAUAUUGCCUCAACCUUGCAGCACAAGGAUUCCCCCUCACACACAAGACUCUGAAGUUCCAUGUUGACAGUCUCUUGCACACAUGA